AUGAAUCAAACAAUCUUGAACAGUUUAUAUCAGUCUGAUACAUUUGUGUGUCUCUUACAGUUAACUGUGCUUACGGUCUAUGUAUUUCUAUAUGGCCGGCUGUAUCUUGUCCUAAGUGGUGUUGAAGAAGGGUUGAGCAACCAAAGAGCUUUUCGUUCAAACUUGCCUCUUCAAGCCGCACUUGCUUCUCAAUCAUUUGUGCAGAUUGGUUUUCUAAUGGCCUUACCUAUGAUGAUGGAGAUAGGACUUGAGAGGGGAUUCCAUAACGCCUUAAUUGAUUUUGUACUGAUGCAAUUACAACUCGCUUCUGUAUUUUUCACGUUCCAACUCGGGACAAAAACUCAUUACUAUGGUCGAACAUUGUUCCAUGGAGGCGCGGAGUAUAGAGGAACUGGGCGUGGAUUUGUGGUGUUUCAUGCAAAAUUUGCUGAAAACUAUAGGUUCUACUCGCGGAGUCAUUUUGUGAAGGGUCUUGAGCUGAUGAUUCUCCUCCUCGUGUAUCAGAUAUUUGGCCACGCCUAUAGAGGCGUAGUUACAUAUAUUCUGAUCACUGUUUCGAUAUGGUUCAUGGUGGUGACUUGGCUCUUUGCUCCAUUCUUAUUCAAUCCCUCUGGUUUCGAGUGGCAAAAGAUUGUAGAUGAUUGGACAUAUUGGAAUAAAAUGAUAUAUAACCAAGGGGGAAUUGGUGUUCCUCCAGAGAAGAGUUGGGAGUCUUGGUGGGAGAAGGAAAUAGGACAUCUUCGACACUCGGGGAAACGUGGUAUCAUCCUCGAGAUUAUUUUGGCUUUACGGUUCUUCAUCUUUCAGUACGGGCUUGUGUAUCAACUCAGCACUUUUAAACAGGAAAAUCAUAGUUUGUGGAUUUAUGGAGCUUCAUGGUUCGUGAUCUUGUUCAUUUUACUCAUUGUGAAGGUUAUUUUAUGCCUGUUUGGAUGAGGGAAGCCCAGCCUUAAAGAAGCAGAACCAACUUCCACUUCGUCCGGCGGCCGACUCAAGAAAAGAAGCAACUUUCCUUAUCUUAGUUCAUCUCAUAAGGAAAGUUAAUAUAUUGUGUAAUCUAUGAACAUGUAAUAAAUAAGGAGAGACUUCUCCAUUGUAAAUAAUCGAAUAUUGAAUACAAUAAUUCAGUUCUCUC